AUGACUAUAAAAGGAACAGCAUCCCCUCCCCCUACAGAACUAGGAGUCCAGGAAUUUCCAUAUGUUUUCUCUUCAUUUUGGGAUGACGAGAAAGCACAUGGGGAAGCUGAGCUGCAGAUGCUGCUAAUGCGGCUACUUCUGUUACCAAUGGCAUUCAGACUGACAGCUCUUCGUGCCAAACCAACAACUCCUGCUUGCAAAGAGAUCGGCAUGGAAGUGCUUACAAAGUUGCCUGCUGAGCAGAUCAUUAUUCAAAAAGGGGAAGCUGGAAAGAGCAACAGCCGAAUGAUGAAGCACCAUUCUCAAGAGCCAUCAACCUCCUCCUCCAAGGAAUCGAAAUAUGUGGAGAUUUAUGAUUUCCCUGGAGAGAGAGAAGAGAGUCCCCAGACUCUAGAACUGACUUUGGCAGAGAAUGGAAGUAAAGUGGCCUUUGUCAGACCUAAAAAUGGAUCUUGUGGGAUCAGUGAGGUUAACAGAUUGGCUAACAAUAUGCUGGCAGACAAAUCUGCAAAUCAAGCACCUCAGGACUAUAAAUCUAAAAUGCACGGCACUCCUUCCCCCGCGGGAACGAAGGCUGAUGAGGUGGGGGAAAGCAUCACUGGCACCAGCCCAGGAGAGUUUAUCGCGAACACUUUGUCCCCUAGUAUUUCCAACAUUCAGCUUUACACAAACGGCUGUCCAGAAUCAUCCUCAUCCUCUUGCCCUUCACCAGUACCAGGCAGCUUUCAAAAAAUGGAUGACAUGGGAACAGAGGGGAAAACCUCCUCUUCUUCAUUUGGAUAUGAAAGCGAUGAGGAUGAGGAUGCAGACUGUAAAGAAAUCUGCCUGAGUAACCAGAGAGGUGGGUGCAGGCGUGCCUCACAACUGCUGCAGCCGCAACACAGCUACACCAGUGAAGCCAACUGUAACAAUAACGAUGAAGCACAUUACAUUACAACCCAUGAAAUCCAGCUUAGCGAAGUAGACCAUGAUAUGGACUUUGAUUAUGGAUUAGCUUCUCGGUGGGACUUUGAGGACAACAACGUGAUUUAUUCCUUUGUGGAUUAUGCUUCCUUUGGGAGUGAAGAGACCCUUGCAGACACGCAGACGGAAGAGGACAAUAGCUGUUAUCUCAGCACGACCACCAGUGAUCUCAAUAAUCAGACAGACAGCAUUGAUAAUACUAGCAGCACAGAGAUAGUCAGCAUUAAUUCUGAAAAUGAUACCCCUAGCACAGACAAAUGCGCCAGCUCGGAAGAAAGUCAGUCCAAGAACCCCAGCAACAUGAGUGAGAAUUCUGCAGGCCAGAUACUCCUAUCAAUCAAACCAACUUCCAGGGCUAUAAAUGAGCCUAGCAACCAGCACGAAAAGCAAAACAUUAUUUACGCUGCCAAGCAUGAAGGAGACAUGAGCCUCUGUGUCUCCACAGCUCGUGAACGAAAUACAAGUUUAAAACAAGAUGUGUUUCAUGACUACGCAAAAAAAUUCAUUGCAGUACCUGCACGCUUGCAAACAAAGUGUGGAGCCAUAAGAGCAAGGGAACUGGGAGGAUAUUCAAGCGGUGCUUCCAGUGUGGUGAGUGAAUUGGAUGAUGCAGACAAAGAAGUCAGAAGCCUGACUGCAAGGGCGUUCCGGAGCUUAGCUUAUCCCUACUUUGAUACCCUGAACCUGAGCUCCAGUGAAUCCUCCACAUCACUGUCAGAUCACACCCUGGGAAUCAACCGGUGGUCAACUUACUUGGACUUAAAGUGUGGGAGCCUUGGGCAGAAAGCAGAACAGAAUAUUUUCAAAAGCAGCACCGCAUCUGCUGGAUGGAACAAAAGCACUGGGGCAAAGACAUCCAGCGACCAGUUCUACAUUCACUCCAAUAAGUCACAGACUAAAGCAUUAGAGUUUGUUGUCAGCAAGCUUGAUGGGGAAAUAACACACGUUGAAACGCCACCUUGCUUCGAAAAACGGAUUCAGUCAGGCUCCCGGGUUGUUACUUUGUUAGAGACUUUGAAUUUCAGCAGCAAUAUUAAUGCGGGUGUCCCCAGACCUGCUAAACCUUUGGAAAAUGUUGCUGCUGGAUCAGGUUGCACAGAUGAGAUUACAGAAACACUGCCAAGAGAGCUGGGCAAUGAAGCUUGCAAACAAACUGGACUGGCUGCAGAAACCAUGGAAGGCGCACAGAAGAAGUCAAAAUUUGCCUCUAGCCUCCUCAAAAAUGUUAUCUCAAAGAAAAUGCAACUGGAGCAUGAGUUCAAAAUGGAAAGGGGAGAGAUCACAGACAACACAUAUUCUGGUAUGUCCAACUCUUUAUCUUCUAAAGAGACGGAUGCCACCUCCAAAGAGAAGUUAAGAGAUGGGGGUUUGCAGAGACAGAAUUCUAGGUAUUCAGAAGGCAGCUCUGACUAUACUAUUGUAACAGCAGAUGAUUUGGGAGAGUUUUUUGAAAGUAAGUCCCCUACCUCCAGGCGGUCCACUCCCCGGGAAGGAAAUGUUAGCCUGGAACGAUCCAUUUCAGAUACACAGUUGGAAGAGGCAUGCAAAAUAAAAGAGAGUGCUUCUGAAACUCUCAAGGCCACUUUCCUUCGUAGCCAGAACAGUGCAUUUAGAACAUGGAAAGAAAAAGAGGCAGAGAAAAAAGAGGAAAAGGCAUUGGUGGGGAAACUGAAAACUUCAUCCAAAAGCGACUGGAAGGCUGAUCUAGGAGAAAUCUCAGCCAGCAAGUCGACUAAAAUGUCUCGCCUUUUUGUCCCAAAUAUUCAACAAACAAGCAAAGAAAAGCAAUCCAGCAAACAGGUAACAAAAUACUCUACAUCAACCACUGCAGACGCUCAGACCGCCAUGGCCACCACGAUGAUAAAGCCCAAAGCUCCUGAGAUCAAGAUCAGUUUGGGCAGCGUGCAGCAGAACAAAAACCAUCCUUUCAAUAUUGCUAAGCUCCUCACACCGAAGAUAGCUGGAAGUGUCCCAAACAUUUUCAAGGCAGUUGAAGACACUCGAUGCCAGCAGCAAAAACAGUGUAAAGGUGAGGGUGUGGAUAAAGUGCCCCAAUUCCUGGUUCGUGAUGUAAGAGAAACUAAGCCCAAGGUUCAAGGGCCUAUUCAUCAGGUGAGAGAUGUAAGAAAGCUAAUUAAAAGUAACUAUGGCCAUGAGUCUGGUGACAACAACAGCGACAGAGGUAGUGUCAACUCGGACCAGGGAACCUCUGAACAGAAACCCAAGCAGCUGGUGACAGCCGGCAUUCCCAAGUCUCUGUCUCCCAUGGUGAUAACUUGCCAGGCUGUAAGCAACAGCAAGGAGGACAAGACCUCCACCAAGACUACAGAGAUGGGGGCCAAAGCAAGCAGUGGAGGUAAGAUGUUGCCGUCCAGCCAAGAAGGGACAAUCCUGGUGCACAGGACUUCAGGGAGGCUGCCGGUGGCUACCAUCGCUCCUAACAAAAGUGACCCUUGUCAGCCUGCUGUGCUGAAGAUAGUCUCCAAAACAUCUAGCAGCAAGGUAGGACAACUGGUAGUGGCCACGGAAGAGAAUAUUUCCAGGGAGGAGAUGUCCAGAUCCUCUGUGGCUACGAACCACCAAGCGUUGGAGAAGCUUACAGCAGCAGUCCGGAGCAUGGAGGAACUCUACAGCUUCAACAAGAAUGAGUGGAAGCGCAAAAGCGACCCCUUGCCCAUUACAGACAGCCACGUCUUGUCUCUCAUUGCCAGUGAGGAACGGGCCACCGGGACCACGUCCAGUGCCAGGGAAGAGGCGACAGCUAGUGCCAAGGCAGAGGACCAGGCAGCAAGUCGGAAUGUGCGGCCAAUGACAUCCCCCAUCAGCAGCAUCACUGCAAGCCGGGCAGUCCCGGAGCGCCAGCCUCGCAACAGGACGGCCAACCCAACCAAGACUCCAGAGAAGGUCUCGGCCAAGAUGGCUGCCUUUGAGAGCCUGGCCCAGGCUCAUGAGCGGCCACGCGGGCUGGGCUACCGCGGGGAGCCGGCAGCAGCCACCACUGGAGCUGUGGAGAGAGCCAGAGCUCCAGCGGUGCCCCGCAGCACUUCCACCUUCAAUGCCCAGAAGGCCAAGCCGCCUCCUCCUCAGGACCCUUCGCCACCACCACAAGGCCUCAAAGGUCAAGCUAGGCCUCGCUCCAUUAAACUCUUUGGGAACAAGCCAGGCCCUGCCGAGCUUGACAAGGGCCCCAAGCCGGCGGCUCCCGACUGCGGUAACUACUUGGCCAUCCCGCUCAAGGCGUCCUCUGAGGAGCAAACCGCAGAAGCAGGAGGCGAAGGUGGCUGCCCGGGCUUCCUUUCCGCAACUGCGGCGGGGGCCGCCCUGUGCAGCCACCACCAGGCCCUCAGGAGCCAGCCGGGGCCCGACCGGGCCAAGUUGCUGAAGCAGCCCAGGGAGGCAAGCAGCAGCAACAGCCGCCCUGCCGCCGCUCAGCCUUCUCCAUUGCAGCAGCAGCAGCAGCCCCACUCGACGACAGUGCCUCAGCUGGAAGUGUCUCCCGCCCAACUUUUCCCUCAGGCCCUGUCCCUGGCCGCCGCGGCCGCCGCUCUGACCGGAGCCCAGGCCGCGCCUUUGCUCUGCUUCUCGCCUCCCAUGCCGGCCCCGCUGCAACCCAUGGCCUCCGCUGCUGCCGCCGAGCCGGCCGCUUUCGCGCCUCCUCAGCCUCAGCGCAAGGUGCUGCUGGACCUGAGCACGGGCCAGUGCUACGUGGUGGAGGCGCCCGUGCAGCAGCCCCCGCAGAAGAGGCGCCUCUUCGACCCCGAGACCGGCCAGUACGUGGAGGUGCCCCUGCCGGUUCAGCCGCCGCCGCCUAUGCCCCCCAUGAGUCUCCCCAUGUCCCCCUUGGCUCUGGGCGCGGCGCCGGGGGCUUACAGCGCGCCCGCCGCGGCCUACAUGAUCUACCCGGGCUUCCUGCCCGCCGUCUUGCCCGCCAGCGCCUUGCAGGGCUCGCUGGGCCAGCAGCCCGGCGACCUCAACGCGGCUGUGGCUGUCAACCCUGGGGCGGAGAGUCCGUAUUACAUGCCCACGGGCAAAGGUGUCCAGCAGCCGCCGCCGGCGGGAGAAGGGAAAGCGCCGCUCAUCAGCAUCACCUCGCAGCCGCUGGGCCCCAGGAUCAUCGCGCCGCCCUCCUUCGACGGCACCACCAUGCGCUUCGUCGUGGAGCAUCGGUGAUGGAGGCCGACGGGCACAAAGAACAAGAAUUUUUCUCCCUUAAUCUGAAAAUAACUUCGCAAUUCUAAGCUCUCCUUUUCGCUGCUGCUUUUGCUUCCCCAUGUAUUUCUCAUGCGUUUCUUUGUACAAAACAAGUGUGAAUGUUUCUCAUGUUGGUGUAAUGCCCUUUUUUGGAACUAUGCAUAAAUUUAAUUAUGCACAUGUGGAUGAAUAAAUCAUAUUUUAUGUAAAGUUUUUUAUAUAAUGCAGAAACUUGGCAAUAAUCUUGGUGCCUAUAUUAUAUGGUUAAGAAUCUGAAUACAUGUUUUAUCAAACCAG